CUCCAAAAACAAGGCUUCAAUAGCAUGCCAGGUUCCAACUGCAAAUCUUUUCUUCCAGUGUACGGUGUUCGGUUGUCAGUCAUGGAGGUGCUGCCUAUUAAUGUAAAUAAAUGGAUACAAGAGAACAGAGCUUUCUUUUUGCCACCUGUGUGCAACAAAUUAAUGCACAAUGAUCAGCUUAAAGUAAUGUUUGUGGGAGGCCCGAAUCUAAGAAAAGAUUAUCACAUCGAAGAGGGAGAAGAGCUAUUUUACCAGGUGGAAGGAGACAUGUGUCUGAAGAUAAUUGAGAACGGAGUGCACAAGGACAUUCACAUUAAAGAAGGACAGAUGUUUCUGCUUCCGGCACGGAUACCACAUUCUCCACAAAGGUUCCCGCACACAGUGGGGCUUGUGUUUGAACGGAGGAGGUUAAAGACAGAGAAAGAUGGUCUAAGGUAUUAUAUAGACAAUUCAUCCGAAGUUUUAUUUGAAAAGUGGUUUUACUGUGAAAAUCUUGGAACACAGCUUGGACCAAUAAUUAAUGAAUUUUUCGACUCCAAGCAAUAUAAAACUGGAAAACCUGACCCAGACCAAAAAUCAGAGAAAAUACCAUUCCCUCUUAACACUGAGAACGUUUUGGAACCAUUUUCAUUUCACAACUGGCUAGAGGAACAUCGUUUGGAAAUAAUUCAGAAAAAACAUGUUUGUUUGUUUGAAGAUCUUCAUGAGACAAAGGCAGCACUCUAUGGAUCUGGACAAACUGAAAAUAGCACAUCUGACACAGAUACCUGGCUUUGGCAACUGGAGGGCUCCUCUUUUGUAACUAUGGGUGACAAAGAGGUGAAUCUCACUACUGGAGACAGUCUUCUCAUCCCACAACAGACUCAGUUCUCCUGGCACAGAGAAGAUGGGUGUAUUGCCUUCUGCAUUCAUCAGGAUCCUGCCAAAAGGAAAGGAUAUAAUGAAUCAAUCAGCAACAGUAUAUUCUGAAGAGAACAGCUGCAUUUUCAUCAUGACACAUUUGCAACAAAACUGCUCAUGCAUAAAUCUGUUUGUCUGUGUUAAUAUAAUGCCUUAAUACUGGGGAUAUGUGUACAAAAAUUGAAGGAUAAGUUUCCAUGCUUUACCAUAAUGUCACAGGUGCGAUUGUAUAAUGUAUUACACAAGUGAUCCUACUAUACUUAUAAACCUUUAUGAAUUAUAUCUUUAUAAAUGCUGAGUUGUGAUGUCA